UGAACACACUGUGAACUAUUAGUCCUGCAAUAUGCAUGGAUGUAGUCAUACUGAAACGACAAAACAAUAAGGACACACAGUAAUUUUGAUUACAAUUGAUGCAAAUAUAUUUGAGAAAUGGAAGAGGCCAAAGUGCAUUUGGCUGAAAAGGGUUGGGCAAUAAUCGAGAAUGCACUGGACCAUGCAGAUUGUGACCGCUACGUGAAUAAAUACAAACAAUGGCUCCAACAUGUCAAAAAGGUUGAAGGAGGUUUCCCAGAAAACUAUAAAAGCUUGCUCACUGAAUACAGAUCAGGACACAUGGAACCAAGUUGGGAGAUACGCCUCAAAGUGAAACCCCUAUUCGCAAAACUCUGGGGAACUGAUAAACUUCUGUCCAGUUUUGAUGUGGCAGCAAUUGGGAGGCCACCAGAAGAGGGCGCCACUGAGUUCCAAACAGAAGGCUCUCAUUGGUUACAUUGUGACCAAUCAGCAGAGAGGAUUGGCUUGCAUGGCUACCAGGGAGCAGUGUACCUAGAGACGGCUGAUGAGGAUGACUGGUGUUUCCAUGUCUUGGAGGGUUCCCAUGGUUACCACACAGAUUUCUAUGAUGAACAUCCCCAGCAUAUAAAUAACAGUAUAAAACAGACAUACCAUAACCUCACUAAUGAUGAAGUUACCUGGUAUAAGAAUAAAGGGGCUGUUGAAAAACGUAUUGGAGUGCCAAAAGGGGGACUUCUUUUGUGGGACUCUAGAACAAUCCACGCUAAUGCUCUGCCUAUAAAAGGGCGCAAACAUCCGAAAAGAUGGCGUUACAUUCUUAUUGUUGCUAUGUUACCAGCAAUCUGGACCAAUGAGGGUGAUCUUGCAACAAAGCAGGAAUCAUAUGAGAAAAUGUACAACACUGGUCACUGGGCUGCAGAGGGAGUAGAAUAUUAUCCACCUGGUAAACACACCAAUGAUCAAAACAGCAUCACUGAACUCCCUGCCAUUGCAAAGACUAUUGAGGCCAAGCAGCUAGCAGGAGUGAUUCCAUAUGACUUCUAUGAUGGUGAACCAUGUGGUCCAGAGUGGAGGCCAGAGUGGAAAACUUAUGAAGAAUCAUGUAGAAAGUGGGGCAAAGAUAAUGUGGGACCUAGAGAAGCAAACCAAUAUCUAUAAACGCAAGAGAUAUACUUGUAUAGAAAUUGUAUAAAAUCACUGAAUGCCCCUUACAAUAAAAUGGACGGGUCAAUAAACAUUUAAUUUAGAAACGUUUAAAAAAGACGAUUUCCUCAAUAAAAUACUAACCUGUUGCCAGGAUGAACAAGGCAGGAACAUGCAAAAUAUCACCACCUAC